AUGUUCGGGAAAUACUUUUGGGCUACAUCUCUCGUGCUACCGUUUGCGGUAUUCGGACAGAGACCAUUUGAGGGCUGUCAAACUGCAGAUGUUUGCUCUAAUGUGAAGUGUUUUGAUCCUGAUGACCCUGAAGUCACUUGCGAUGGAAUUGUCAUGCCGGACUUCGACUAUCCCUGCAAAUGUUGUCCUGUCACGUGCAUCAAAUACUUGAGUGAGUAUGCAGAAAUCAGGAAGGAGCGAAAUGUAUUCGUUCACGGACCACGCCACCGAAUGAAGUUUGCGGGCCCGGCUUGA